UCUGAAACAUCAAUUUCCAGGUCUCUGAAGAAUGGGACAGCAACAGGAGUGGAUGUCCUGUGUACUUUUCAGGAAGAUUCCUCCAACCCUGUCCUGAACAAAGAGAAGGUUUACUGGGAGCUAACUGAACAGAUUCAAAGAAGAAGGCUAAAACAUGUGCUUAUAGAGAGGGACAGCCUCUUUGUGGAUGGGUAUCACCAUAAGCAACCAGGCAUCAUAUCCACAAAGAAGAGUGAGAUUGCUGUAGGACCCGUCACCCUUAUCCCAGACUAUGGAGCACCAGGAGAUAUGACAUCAGUGACUAGUGGCCUCCUGACCUAUGAAUCCACAGUAGGUGCCAUUGGUAAGAAAUUAUUAAUUUUCUUUCUAUUAUACUGGUAUUCAUCCUUGCUCUGGGCCCUUGUUUUACAGCUUGGAGAUAUGAUAUGGAUUCAUCUUCAUAUUCUGAGUACAGGAUACUCACUGAUGGGGGAGUUUGUGAUUAGGUUGUAAGACCUGGCAACUUCCUCUGUCCCAUUACUGUCUGCCCAGAUGUAUACCAUGAUACCAGCCUUUGGAUGAAGAGCUCAUGGAGGAUUUUGUCCAUUUCUUGUGUUAGUUAGUGUGUAUACAUAUAAUUUACUAUGCUAAAAGUCCACUACUGAAGGACAGGCUUUCCUAUGCCCAGCACCUAAAACCCUGAAUGGGGUACCUGAUUAGUAACAAAUGAUUACUGCUUCAUUUUCCAUUUAACCUGAGCAGGUAUCUAACAGGCAUUUUGUCUGAGCCAGGAUCCCUAUCUCAUCUGAGGGCAAGAUGACCGGAGAGAUCCAUGUAGAUGAUGAUAUGUAGAUUUCAGUCUCUUCUUAUUUAAUACUUUCUCAUGGUGGCCAUGCACCCUAGAGCAGAAGUAGAUCAUAAUCUCUGUCACAGACCUUUUUAUUUUGAAAGUGCUUGUUAGGGAGAAGGUGCUCUUCUCAGGAAGGACAAACUCCUCACAGGCUCUGGGGAUAUCUGUCCAAAUAACCCCAAACUUCUUCCAUCAACCCUUAGGCACACUUUAACUAACUACUUUGGUCAUAGAAUUCUCUACUGAGACUUCAGGGACACUGAAGAAAGUGAGUGGAUCUGACUAGGGAAGAGAACCAACAGAUUCCACCAGUAUCCCUGUGACUGGCUCUACUGGGAGAGAUUCUAUUUCAGACACUGAAACAGACAUACAUGUCAUGGAGACAACUCCAAGAGCCACAGCCACUCAAGACCCACUUCUCACUGCACCCACUGGAACAGGUCACAGGAGAACUGUGUCCUCUCCCAUCUCACCCUCAGCUCCAAGUGAGAUAUCCUUUAGAGUCACCAUGGCAAUUGCAAAGCCCUCACUCUCCAUGACUCCAGUAGAACCCACAUGGCUCCAGUGGUCCCUUAAACAUCACCCUAUCUGGAAUAAUUUUUGUACACCCCUUGCAGACACACCUAUGGCAGAAAUAGCUCCUUGAGAGAGUUCCAGUACCCCCCUUUCUCCAUGGCCCACUCCAGUUGAUUCUUUCAAUACUGCUAACUCAGCCCCAGGAACUGAAAUCACCUCCAUUGUGCCUCUAUCUUCACUUCCAAGAGCCACAGGUGCCACAGAAACCAUACCAAAUCAUGAUUCAUCAAUGAGACAUACCACACUAGAGCCAGGCUCAGCUGCCCUAACUUCCACUGCUACCAGCACCAUUCCAACAUUAUCUGGAGAAGAUGCAAACACCCCAUUGUUGUCUAUAGAAGGACCAACAGAAGAUAAAACAGUGUCCAGAACCUUCCCAGAGAAUUUAGACACUCCUGGUAUCACUCACAGGGAGCACUACUUCACAGGUCCUGGAAUAACUUUUCAACCUGACAUGGCCUCUACUUCUCUGGCCAAUUUAAGUGAAGGGAUCAGUUACUCCAGAAUUGUACCCUCAUCCCCUUUAGAGAGUAGGAAAAGCACUGCCAUGUUUGGAAUCUGGAUAAGCCCAGCUGAACCUCUCACUCUGGAGCCCAAGAAGCCCACCCCUCCUGAGGGUUCACCAGUGACUGAAUUUAGCAGCAGGGAAAGUGGACAUUUACAGAAUAGUUUGGCCACAGGCAGCACUACAGAAUCAGAUAUCAGUACACUCAUCCCUGGCAAUUUUCAUCCUUCUGAGGGCACUGCUAACCUCAUAUCAAGCCCAGUGGAGGGCUCCAGCCCAAAGGCAUCUGUCUAUACCUCUCUACCCCACACCUCAGGUACUACAGGGACCAGGAUUGGAGAAGAGACAGACUCAUCCUUGGUGUUGACUACACCAGCACCUGCUGUCUCUAUCAGCAGCAUCUCUGGGGCUCUCCUUGGUACAAGAACAGUGGUUCCAUGGUCUUCGAAUUCAGCUGAAGCUACAGAUCUUACCAUGAAUCGCCUUGAUCCUAUAUCCAUGUUGCCAUCCAAAUUCUCCACUUCAUCUCCUGUAACAUUUUCAGGGGUUACUUACAAGGCUGAAGACAAGAGCUCCAAUGUUCCUGGGACUGACAGCAUAAGUAUCAUCUUCAGCAGCAAGGUCACAGACAGGGUCUCUCUCCAUCCUGAGAUCACUCCUAACCAAAAUCUACUGGGCACAAUGGAAGAGAGCACAGGUGCUUUGCUGACCCCUUCUUUGCCUGGACCUCCUGGGUCUUCAGCUGCUAAUAUGGGAAGUGUAUCAAACAUGUCAGGUACCAAUACUGGCUCAACUCCACAGGUGACUUUAGCUUAUGAAAUCUUAACUAGAGACUUAGAGAAGACCUCAAACUUCCCACUGGCCAUGGAAAAUACAACUAAGACUGUCCCAGCCAAGAUGAUGGGAAAUACCUCCAUGGCUUCCAUGAGCCCAGAUGCUCAAGUGGGCUCAGCAUUGCUUCUUACCACCACCAGCAGCCCUGUGGCUCUCCCUGGACAAAGCACAGUUCCUAUUUUGUCAACCAUAGCUGAAGCUGGGGCUCUCACUAUCACUGGGACAGAUAGCACUCCUACAUGGCAAAGCACACACUCUUCUUCAACUACUAUAACAUCAUCUAAGGAUACCCCCAUGACCAAGAACAUGAGAUCAGCUUCCCCCAGGACUCACUCCAAGCAUCUAAUUUCCAGCACAAAAAUCACGGACAUUGUUCCCUUUUCCCCUGUGGUCACUCUUAGCCAUAAGUUUCCAAGUUCAGUGGUAGAGAAUAACACAGAUGCCCCACUGACCACUCCUAAAUCCCCAGUGGUCUCAGACACUCAUCCUGGAGGCUCAUUGGUCACCUCUGCUGACUCAGCUGUCCUGGGGACGACAGCUCAUGGUGAGCCACAUGAAAUCUUAGAAAAAGGCUCAACACUUUCUGUGAACACUUUUACCACAAAGAUCAGAGAACAUACUGUUACAGCAAAAGUGAUAGAAGGUAGCACUUUAGCUCCUCCAAGGAUUAACACAGGAGUUGAAGGAAGAUCAUCUAUUCCUUUUACUACAAAUCUAGGAGAGAUUCCAAAAAGUUCUGAGGCUGUGACUCCCAGAGACACAAGUCCUUCUUACUUGUGGCUAACAGUGACUACAGUGAGUCCUUUUCAUAUUGGAUUGGGUAUAGGUCUGGAUGCUGUUUUCCAGGCUGAGCUGUCUGAAAUUCAAGGUCCACUAAUCAUCAUUGAAAUCCCACAGGAGAGUGAUGCAGGAUUCCCAUUAUCUUUUACUGCAACUGAGGCAACUAGAGCAAGGACCAUAACAUCUUCCACUCUCAUCUCAGGAUUGGUGGAGAGCCAGUCUUCCAUAGGCAGCAUUUCAGGAACAGAGGCCAUCAGAGACUCUCCGACCUUGUUCUCUCCUUUAGAAAGCACCAGGACACAUGCCACCAGACCUGAGUAUGCAUUGAGCUCUGAACAAGCACUGUCCACUGUGCCAACAGAGAAAUUACUUGAAAUGGUCACCAGCACACUUACUUUUGUUUCCAAAAUGCCUUCUGAAGUCACUGCUUUGGCACCAAGGACAAAUGCCCAAGGGUUUGAAAGUCACAGCAUGUCUACCCUGGAGGCCAAUGAUGCCCUAGCAGUAGGCACUGGCCUUGCUGUGACCUUUAACUCUCCACUACCAAGCGUCACUGCUUCUAGCAGCAUGGAUGUCAAUGUGGAAACUGUGUCAAGAUUAGCACCCUGGACAGCCAGAUCCUCAUCACAAGUAGAAGCCAGUUCUCCCAAUCUGGUUGUCACCACAGGAGAUGGACCCUCCCUGGGAACAGAACCUCACAAUCCCAUCCAUGAAUCUCUGAGCCCAGGGCCAGGCUCCUUUCCUGCCUUAAGUACCCCCAAGGCCUGGACAAGCACAGCUUCCCUUGAAACUGCUACCUCAUUAGAGGACCCAGGGCCAGCCGGCCUGACUCUAGAGUCAGAGAGAAACCCACAGGCAACACCAACUCCAGCUAUCACCCUGCCUCCAGCCAGCACACUAGAAGUUUGCACAACAGCAUCUCCCAGUCCUCCUGACACAACCACAGAGGGCAGGAGUGUCAAGGCAGGGACAGCCUCUGUUUCUGAUCAAGUGCCUUCCUCUUCCAGCCUCUUCCCAACAUCAGAGAGCUCCUACUUGAAGGUUUUCAACCUCAAAUUCACCAUCCUCAACCUGUUCUACACAACAGACAUGGGUCAAAGGGGCUCCAGCAAAUUCAACUCCAUUGAGGAUGUCCUGCAACCUCUGAUCAACAACUUGUUUAGAAAAAGCAGCUUUGGCCCUCACUAUUUUGGAUGCAGGCUGACUUUGUUAAGGUCUAUGAAGAAUAGGAUAGCAACAGCAGUGGAUGUUGAAUGUGCUUAUCAGGAAGAUUCCUCCGCCCCUGUCCUGGACCGAGAGAAGAUUUACUGGGAGCUGAGUGAACAGACCCAUGGAAAAACAAAGCUGGGACCCUACAUUCUACAUAAGGAAAGCCUUUAUGUGGAUGGGUAUAGCCAUCAGAUACCAACCACCACCACAAACACCUGGAGACCCAGUCUAGAGGCUUUCACCCUGAACUUCACCAUCACCAACCUGCUGUACACAGAAGACUUGGGGCAGAAGGAUUCCAUCAAAUUCAAGUCCACUGAAAAGAUUCUUCAGAAUAUGCUUGGCCCUUUGUUUGAGAACAGCAGCCUUGGUUCCAGUUAUUCCAGGUGCAAACUGACUUUCCUAAGACCUCUGAAGAAUCUGACAGUGACUGAAGUAGGUGUCAUCUGCCUCUAUCAGAGUGAUUCCACUGGUCCCUUCCUGGAUAGAGAGAGGGUUUACUGGGAAUUCUGCAAUCAGACUGGGGGCAUCACUAGACUGGGGCCCUAUACACUCGACAGGGACAGUCUCUACCUCAAUGGUGAGUAAGCCCACUCAGGACAUGACUCUUGAAUCUUCUCCUUGAUUUUGUCCCUGUUUGGAAAAUAGACAUUCUGCCCAAAUUCUUGCUCCAUUUUCCUCUGCCCACUGUAAGGU